GUCCAUAUCUCGCAUGUCGCAUCUAUCUGGUGAUACGCUGCCUGAAGCUUUGAUGCUUCUCAACGACCGCCCACGACCGCCAAGAUGAGAGAAAAUAGAAGAAUUGUCUCCAGUCGUAGUAUUAAUAUAUGAGAAAUUAGCGGAACUGAGAACAGGAAAUGAAAAAAAGUGCCUAAAAUGAUUAACAUUGCAGUGGAGGUUCAGUGUUACCAGUUUUCCCUGCACCCACAGUGGUGUUCUAACUAGACAGUGUCUGCAGCUGACACAUUUGCAUUCGUAGAAAACGGUACUUGUUAAUACCUUUAAACAGGUCAAGGAGUAGCCGACUGUAUUUGAUAUUACUACUCUCCAAUCUGAGACCCAGAUCAUUGAUGUAUCAGUAUUAAACUGGAACAAACUAAGAAGUUUAGGUGCAAUGUCUGGCGGUGUCGAAUCGAUUUUACCCAACUGGUCAGAAUCAGCUAUUGAAUGCAGAGGGGUCUGCAUGUCCUAUGGGAAGUUAAAUGUUCUCAACAGCCUUGCUCUGACUGUACAACCGGGCCACAUUUACGGUUUACUAGGACCAAGUGGUUGUGGGAAAACAACACUCCUGAGAUGCAUUGUGGGAAGGCUGAGGAUUUCAAAAGGUCGCAUUACCGUACUGGGCAAACCCCCAGCAUUCCCAGGUCAUGGAGUUCCAGGAAGAAUGGUUGGAUACAUGCCACAGGACUUGGCGUUAUAUGAUGAGUUCACCAUCAGUGACACUUUUUGGUUCUUUGGUCGAAUUCAUGGACUCACAUCCAAGGAAACAGAGUCUCGUAUCUCCUUCCUCAUUGAGUUUCUGGAUCUCCCAGAGAAGUCCAGGCUGGUCAGAAACCUCAGUGGAGGACAGAGAAGGCGUGUCUCGCUGGGCGCAGCCCUCCUUCAGAACCCCCAGCUCCUUAUCCUGGAUGAACCCACCGUGGGAGUGGACCCAGUGCUUCGCUCCAGGAUAUGGCAACAUCUUUUGGAGAUAGUGAAAAACGGGCAGGUGUCCAUCGUUAUUACCACACAUUACAUUGAGGAGGCCAGACAAGCUAAUGUGGUUGGGUUAAUGCGCAACGGUAUCCUGCUUGCAGAAGCACCACCAGAAAAGUUAAUGCAGCAGCAUGGAGCUUUAACACUAGAGAGUGCCUUCCUGGAGCUGUGCCAAUCUUCAGAUCAAUCAGCUUCACAACUACACAUGAAUCCAGAAGAGGCAGAAGAGGAAUUGCACCAGCACUGUGAGAACUAUGAUGAAUCAUUCCUUAUACUUUCAGGAAGCGUAAAUCAGGAGGUGAUGGAGGAACCUAAACUUAGAGUGGACUGGAACGUGUGGGGAAAACAUAUUUUUCCCAAGUGGAGAAAUAUUGUUGCUCUCAUGAUAAAGACGAUUGUCCGGAUGAAGAGAAUGCCAGGGUCUCUUUGCUUCCAGUUCUUGCUGCCAGUGAUUCAGGUUUCUCUCAUGUGUCUGUGUAUUGGAGGAGAGCCAAAGGAAAUACAGAUGGCUGUAGUGAAUAAUGAAACAGAGGGUCUUUUCUUCAGCCAGUCACUUCUGUGGCACCUGGACAACAGUAGUGUUCACCAGGUAUUUGUAAACCAGUCGAAAGCCAUUGCUGGAGUAAAAGAUGGGCAGUACUGGGGGAUAAUAGGAUUUGGCGCAAAUUUCUCUAACGAUCUACUACUCAGAAUCAUGGAGAAGCAAGUUACCAAACAGAUUGUUGAUGGAGGUUCUGUGCACAUUUGGCUUGACAUGACAAAUCAGCAAAUUGCCUUUACACUCCAGCUUAAGCUACAAGAAGCAUUUGAGGGUUUCGUCAAGGAUGUGUUUGGCAAACAGUCCUACUUGGCUUCCCUCCCAUUAAAAUUUGAAGUUCCUGUGUAUGGAAGCAAAAAUCCAGAUUUCACUACCUUUAUUGCACCAGGUGCAAUUGUGAGUAUCACAUUCUUCUUGGCUGUUGGCUUGACGGCCUUGUCCUUUGUAAUGGAACGUAAACAAGGGCUAUUGGACAGGUGCUGGGUGGCAGGUGUCAGUUCCCUGGAAACUAUGCUGGCUCACCUGUUUUCUCAACUCUUCACCAUUGCUGUGCAGAUAACACUACUCCUAAUCUUCGUCUUCCUCGUCUUCAAGAUCCCCAAUGAAGGGUCCCUGGUUCUUAUAGCAAUCCUUAUCUUUCUCCAAGGUGUAACUGGCAUUUCAAUGGGGCUGGUGCUCUCCUCAGCCAUCGACGAUGAACAGUCUGCAAACCAGGCUUCCCUUGGCAUCUUCUUUCCAAACCUUAUUAUCAGCGGUAUUAUCUGGCCCAUAGAAUGCAUACCUUACCCUCUGAGGUACUUGAGCAUGGCUUUACCCCAAACCUACGCUGCAGAGUCCCUGCGCUGCAUCAUGUCUAGAGGUUGGGGUUUAACACAUGUGAUGGUUUGGAGAGGCUUUGCCAUCACGUUGGCUUGGAGCACCUUCUUCCUCAUUCUAGCCACAGUUAUACUGAAGAUAAGAAGAUGAUCAGUACAACAGAUACUGGUCUUAAGAACUCAAUAAGCUAGCUGGUUAUGAGCUUUGUAGUUGCUACCACAAUCAUUUGAAAUUUUGUUAGAAGAGGAGAUACAUCUCUACCCAAAGAUACACAUUUUCUUAAAGCAGCUAUCUUUUGAUAUACUUUUUUUCAGGAGAUUCUUCGACAAUCAGCAGUUUUAUAUAGACCUGAUGAUCUGAUCUCAGUAUGGGUUUACAUCUUUGAUUUGUGAGUGAGUCGAGUAUGUUUGUGCUGUCCCUGUUUUGCACCAUUGAUUUUCCUGUCCCCCACAUACUGUACUAUACCAUAGCAGCACUGAGUGAAAAAGUGUGGCACGACAAGGCUGGACACUCAUUGGCAAGCUGCUGUCCCUACUGAUAGAACCAUUCUAUGUUAUUUUCUUAGAAGGAGCUCAUUAAUAGUGUUCCAUUCAAUGUUUAAAGUUAAUGAUGACCUCAAGUGACACACAGCAUCAAGGCUCCAGUGUAGAAAUACAUUAGAAUGGAUUGUUGAUAGCUGAAUAUUUUUUUAUCAUUUUCAGAAGCCAUUGGCAGUUACACAAAUUAUUACUAAAGUAAUACAUGGUUUUAUUAUUGUUAUGUAUAGCUCUUAAGAACCACUUAUCCACUUGUGAUUAAAUUUGGCAUUAUUCCUUCACAUAAGGAGAUGCUGUUCUACAUUAUGUGUUGUAAGACAUUGUACUGAAAUUGGCAUUGUGUUUCUAUCCUUGGGAGGGAUAUGUAUUUAACUGGCUUUUUUUUUUUUAUAUACUUUUACUCAACCCAUCUUCCAAAGAACAUAAUUAUCUCUACCUUACAGUAACACCAUCACAUACGGGUAAACCAUAGUAAAUUCAUGGGUUAUGAACAAAUAAAUGAUUGCUAUUAGAUGCAGAAUGCAUAGAGGCCUGUCUGUAGAAAUGUAAUAAUGCAAAACAAAAACUUAUAAUGUAAAUCAAAAAUAAAAAUAAAAACUUAAUUUCCGGUUUUGUGGUGAUUUGUUGUGUUCCUGAUUCAAUAGUGGUAAUAUCAUGUUAUAAUUUGUAUAUGUAUAAUUGUCUUUAUAUUAAUGUAUUUGCUGGUAUAGCUUCAACUUCAAAAAACAUAUCCAAAUACUGUAUUUGUUUUAGUAAUUAGGCCUUCCUGGUGUUUAACAUGCUUAUUAAGACAAAAAUCUAUCAAAGAACUCCUCGUAAACUUUUAGAGGAAAAGAGUGACCUUAGUACUCAGAGGUUCAAAGUAAAUUACCUACAAUAUAUAGCACCACUGUUUACCGUAGUAGAUUC